GUAUGAUUAUUCUAGAUUCUAGAGUAAUAAUCGCAACCACGACCAUAUAAGCAGAUGUCGACACUUGCUAGGGAAAAACCACCUGAAAAUUGAGUCGUGUCUAGUCGUGAAAAAUCAACAUGGACAGUCAACAAAGUCCGCAUUCUUGCGAAACAGAUAGAGAUAAGUAAAGUGUCUCUAUCUUUAUCUGAAAUAUUAAUAACAUAUUACGCAUGCGCAGAAAGGGGACUUUCUUGUCUUCCAUGUUGAUUUUCCGCGAUUCAAUUUUUGGAUUGCUUUUCCUAGACUUCCGUACACGAGUGUCAGAAACUGGAUUAUUGACAAAAUUUAUAUAUAUUGCAAUUGUGGUUACAAAUUAUUGGAUAAUUUCUAUAUUGACUGUAUUUAUAAAUAAAACUCUUUUAUCCAGUAAUACUAUAAAUUUGGAUGCACCUCUUUUUAUAACAUGGUGCCAAUGUAUAGUAUCUUUAGUUAUGUGUGUAAUUCUUAGUAAUUUAUCACAAUGGUUUCCAAAAUAUAUUAAAUUUCCAAUUGGUAAUCCAUAUACCAAAGAAACUCUUAGAAAGGUAUUACCAUUGUCUCUCCUAUUUACUGGAAUGAUUGCAACCAACAACUUAUGUUUAAAAUAUGUUGAUGUUUCAUUUUAUUAUACAGGACGUUCGCUAACAACUGUAUUUAAUGUUAUUUUUACAUACCUUAUGCUAGGUCAAAAGACUUCCAUAAAUUGUAUUGCAUGUUGUGCAUUUAUUGUGAUUGGAUUCUGGCUUGGUGUGGAUCAAGAACACAUUGCUGGUUCUCUAUCUGUUCUGGGAACAAUUUUUGGUGUACUAGGAUCGUUAACUCUUUCUUUAUAUUCUAUUCACAUGAAACAAGUUCUUCCUACAUUAAAUCAAGAUAUUUGGUUACUCUCUUAUUGUAACAAUGCAUAUAGUGUCAUUAUAUUUCUUCCAUUAAUGUUAGCGAAUGGAGAACAUAUUACAGUGUACAAUUACGAUAAGAUUGGAUCUUCAUAUUUUUGGUUGGCUAUGAUUGUUGGUGGUAUUUGUGGAUUUGCUAUUGGUUUUGCUACAGCACUUCAAAUAAAAGUAACAUCUCCUUUAACACACAAUAUUAGUGGAACUGCUAAAGCUUGUGCACAAACAGUUUUAGCAACUUAUUGGUUUGAUGAAAAGAAAUCAUUCAUGUGGUGGAUAAGUAACUUUGUUGUACUUAGUGCUAGUGCAAUGUAUGCUAGAUUGAGACAACUUGAUAUAAGUAGAGAAUACAAAGAAGAAAAGCAGCAAUUGCAAGGUGACAAAAUGUGAAUGAAUUUAUAAUUUAAACAUUUUAUAUUCAGAUCAAAGUAUAUAUAACAUAGAUCACAUUUUAUUGUAUAAGAUUUAUAUAAAAAUAGUUAAGAAAAUAAAAUUAAUUAUUUUUAUAAAA